GGGGCACCCUCAUUACACGCGUCGAACCUUCAAAUUCCGAGCCACCUUUCCAUUCUCACGACAACGACAGCACUUGUUUCUACACUCCCUCGACAACUUGACUGUUUCUCGAGCGUCAGACAGAUCUGCCAUUGCCCAAUCUCCAAUCUCCAAUCGAUUGAUCCUGAUCCACCACGAUACAACCCAACUCUCGCCAGGUCCAGGAUCAACCCCCGUUUCGAAACCUCCUAUCGUUCGAGUAUCAUCCGAUUCCUCUCCUAUCCCACACCAAGACACAGACAGUGGAUUAAACCCCAAGAAAUCGCAGACAUGGCGCGCCUAACGCCGUCCAUCACUUCUCUUACGCCUUCGCUGGCUUUCUCGCUCGCAGUUAUCCUUUCUGCGAAAGUGAACGGCGUCGCUGCACACGGAGGAGAACACGAAAUGUCGAAGAUUGUGUCUGGGGAAUGGAUCUCCGACGAUCCUAUUGUAUGUUGUGUCUGGUGGAAUACGGAUGUUGGAAUACAGGAUAAAUGCUGAUUGGAAUAGGAUGCUAUAUUAUGGAUACACAUCCUGCUCAUGAUGCUGUCGUUCGGCAUCAUCUUCCCUACAGGAAUGGUUCUUGGGGUAAGCUAUACACCCGUACUCAGUGAAUGUCCCUAUUGACAAUAAGCAGAUAGUCCGCAACCGCUGGCACGUCCCCCUCCAAAUCCUCGGAACCGCCAUCGCUGUACCAGCCUACUUCCUCGGGCACCUCCACAAAGGCCGAGCCUUCUCGCACAACGUCCACGCCUCCUUCGCGAACUGGCUCAUGCUCAUGCUGAUUGUCCAAAUCGUCUUCGGCAUCUACCUCAAAUUCCACAUCACGAAGGGCUUCCACGGUAAGAUCCGCAAGGUUGCCGUCUACGGACAUGGAAUUGUCGGGAAGGCUAUGCCGGUCGUGGCGUGGGUUCAGAUGCUGUUUGGUGGGAUUACGGCCUUGGGAUUCUGUAGGGAUGAUCAUCUAGGGCAGUGUCUUGCCCAUUUCAUUAUGGGGAGUGCGUUUAUUGGAUAUGGAGUCAUCCUCACCCUUAUGAUGUUGGUGGGCCAGGCAUGGUUGAGGAGGUCUGGACGGAGUCAGGAGUUCUUCGAUUCGGCAUUGAUCGCGGCGUGGGGAUGUGUCAAUACUUUCACGGAACAUAGAUGGGGAGGUGCGUGGGUUGCGAACGAUAUCCAGCAUACGACUAUGGGUGUUAUUUGGUGGUGUGCUGGUUUGACAGGUGUGUGGUUGAGCAGGAAGAGAGAUGGAACGCCAAAGAGGAAUUUCGUGCCUGGAUUCGUCAUCUUAUUGACCGGCUGGGCUAUGUCUGGACAUCCUCAACAUCUGCCACUCAGUACCAUGGUACAUGUCGUAUUUGGGUAUACUUUGAUGGCGGCAGGUCUAGGUCGUAUCAUUGAAGUUGCUUUUGUGCUCAGAGAUGCAGCAACGACGGAAGAUGGGGAGCCAAACAGCUUCCAAUACAUUACGCCAUUCCUUCUCUACGCCUCCGGCUUCCUCUUUAUGGGCGCCACCGAAGAACAAAUGCAACUCAUCUCCGACGCCGGCAUCACGCACGUCUCUUACGUCCUCGUCCUCUACUCCUUCGCCUUCCUCAUCUUCCUCUUCACUAAUAUGCUCCUUCACCUCUACGCCGUUAACUCCUCACCGCCCGUCCCACCCAAGGACAUCGAUUCCCCUUCUGAAGGGGCAACAGCCAGAGCACCGCGACUACCGAGGAUAAAUGGACAUAAUCCGAGUGAUAGCCGGCAGAUUAGGGAUGCGGAGGAGUUUGAGUUGGAGGGCUUGAUGAGUGAGGACGAGGCGGGGCCGGAGAGCCCGAGUACGUUGGGGAGGAAUAAUGAGACCAGGGUUUAGGGAGGAACUGGGGUGCGCUUUUGGAUUUGUCUUGGUUACGGCUCGCCAUGCUUUGUUAAAGAGAGGGGACAGUUAAGAAGAUGAUAUGGUGUAUCGCAAGAUAGCGAGAUAGGUAGUAAAUAUGGGAGGAAUCCCAUGCACACAUGCAUAGAUAUCGGCGUUAAGACGGUCGGGACUGUAUUUAUCAGUUUGGUGCGCUACUGGCAUUCAAUGGAUUUGUUCCAUGCCUUGCCUUGCUUUAUUGAUAGGCAUUCAUUCAACUGGGGUCGGUGGAAUCUAAGGAUAGGAAUAAUACAAGUAUCAGUUCCACAGCAAAUCUUACUUUGGCCGCUGUGCUCUCUCUUUCUGUUUCCUAAUCCGCUCUAUCCUAUUCCUUAGUGUGAAGCAGUGCGUUCCCAAUAAACGGGCACGCCGAAUGCCAGCUCAGUCAUAUACUUUAAUCGAGAAUGUAUGGAAAGGAAGUCGUGGAUUGGUUGGCAUUUUCCCGCUUUAACUAUACCAGCGCCACAGAUCCUGUGCUGAAGCCCAUGGGACGUGAAGGGCGGAUUAGGCGUGGAAUUACCCGAUAAAAGAUCAGAAAAAACACAUGGUGCGUGAUAUGAAGAGGUUCACAGGUGGAGAGUGAGGGGUGUUCUCCGAGAUUGCAUUUGAGGUCUUCGAUAGAGGAAACAUCAACAAGGGUGUGCGG